AUGAGUUCUCAAAACACCACCAAGGAGAAUCUUCCCAUCGAACGAAAACUCUUCUCUGCGGAAGAAGCCCUCCAACGCAACAUUCGUGAAGGAGAUCGAGUCUUUCUUCAAACAGAAGGCUGUGGAGUUCCCAAAUAUCUCGUCAAACAUCUUCAAUGUCUCAUACCAUCUUCUUCCUCUAAUCUUCCCAACAAAAAGAUUGAAAUUGUUGGACUUCAUAUCAACUACUACCCCUAUGAACAACCUCCUCAUUUACAACCUGAGAAUUUCCCCUUCUUUCAUACGUCAUCCAUCUUUAUGGGACCUCAUGAGAGGUAUGCCCUUCAACAAUGUGGAAACUUGCAUGCAAGUGCUGAGAAUGCACCCGUCGAUUACAUUCCCAUCUUUCUUUCGGAGGCUCCCUUACUCUUCAAAUCGUCGAAAUAUCCCAUCGAUGUGGCUCUCAUUCAAGUGAGUCCUCCGGAUGCUCAUGGUUACUGCUCAUUGGGUCCUUCCGUCGAUGUGACGGCUGCCGCAGUUCAAUGUGCCCGUCGUGUGGUGGCUCAAAUCAAUGAACAAUGUCCUCGUACUCAUGGCGAUGGAUUUGUGCAUGUGAAUCAUAUUGAUGCCUUUGUGGAAUAUUCGGAACCCAUUUCGGAGCUUGUGAUGGCAACCUCUCUCUCCUCCGAAGAACAAGAAGUGGAUCGAAAAAUUGGUGAAUUGGUGGCUCAACUCACUCCGAAUCGAGCGUGUUUGCAAAUUGGAAUUGGUUCCUUACCCAAUGCCAUUUGUGCCUCAUUGGUGCAUCAUCAACAUUUAGGAAUUCAUUCAGAGACCUUCUCGGAUGGAAUUCUCCAACUUUUGGAAAGUGGAGCUGUCACGAACAAGUUCAAAACCAUACAUCCUGGACAUACGGUGUGUUCGUUUGUGAUGGGCACUCGGAAAUUGUAUGAUUUUAUUCAUGAUAAUCCUGAGGUGAUUUUUCGAACAGCGGAUUAUGUGAAUGAUGGCACACAUAUUCGAAUGAAUAGUAACGUGGUAGCUAUUAAUAGUGCUAUUGAAAUUGAUAUCACGGGACAAGUUUGUGCCGAUUCUAUUGGAACACACAUGUACAGUGGUGUGGGUGGACAAUUAGACUUCAUGUCCAGUUCAGCAAAAUCCGAUGGUGGAAAACCCAUCAUUGCCAUUCAUUCUUGCACCAGACAUGGAGAUUCAAAAAUCGUUUCGACUCUCAAACAAGGUUCUGGUGUCGUCACAACUCGAGCUCACGUUCAUUAUGUUUGUACAGAAUAUGGAAUUGCAGAAUUAUAUGGAAAGAGUAUGAAUGAACGUGCACAAGAGUUAAUUCGAGUGGCACAUCCAAAACAUCGCGAACGACUCAUUAAGGAAGCAAGAGAGAGUUAUGGAUUUAAUCUUUCAGCACAAUAA